AUGUCCGGCAGGAGGUCCAGCACAGACCGGUCCUCAGUCCUCUCUCCUCAGCAGGAGGUCCAGCACAGACCGGUCCUCAGUCCUCUCUCCUCAGCAGGAGGUCCAGCACAGACCGGUCCUCAGUCCUCUCUCCUCAGCAGGAGGUCCAGCACAGACCGGUCCUCAGUCCUCUCUCCUCAGCAGGAGGUCCAGCACAGACCGGUCCUCAGUCCUCUCUCCUCAGCAGGAGGUCCAGCACAGACCGGUCCUCAGUCCUCUCUCCUCAGCAGGAGGUCCAGCACAGACCGGUCCUCAGUCCUCUCUCCUCAGCAGGAGGUCCAACACAGACCGGUCCUCAGUCCUCUCUCCUCAGCAGGAGGUCCAGCACAGACCGGUCCUCAGUCCUCUCUCUUCAGCAGGAGGUCCAGCACAGACCGGUCCUCAGUCCUCUCUCCUCAGCAGGAGGUCCAGCACAGACCGGUCCUCAGUCCUCUCUCCUCAGCAGGAGGUCCAGCACAGACCGGUCCUCAGUCCUCUCUCCUCAGCAGGAGGUCCAGCACAGACCGGUCCUCAGUCCUCUCUCCUCAGCAGGAGGUCCAGCACAGACCGGUCCUCAGUCCUCUCUCCUCAGCAGGAGGAGAUUGGAAUCCUCCAAUCUCCUCCUCUGCCGGUUGGAAAGUCCACGGCAACCGGCAUAUCAACAAACCUUCCUCUCCACAGGAUUGGAGCUGCAUGGGGGCCGGCAGUGCUUGUUAG